AUGAUCUCAAAGCGCAGAGGCGUGCGCGCGCGCCUCGCGGAUGAGUUCUACACGUAUUGUGCGUUUUGGGUCGCUGUGUCUACUCUACCUGUGCUUGCCGUUUCAUACAUUGUCGUACGAGUAAGCAAAUACCUCUGGCUGAAGCUACUGUCCAGCAGGUAUCCACACCUAGAAUUCAUAUGGACAGACACAGUGCGCACUCUACUCGAUACUCACAGAAACCAGGGAAUCAUCAAUGUUUUACUCUCUGUAAAAGGCACAUUAGAUCCAGAACAAAUAAAGAAUCAUCUAACUGACCAUGUAAUCAACAAACGGGAUAAGAAUGAUGGCCUCAUGUUCCCGAGACUGCGGCAUCAGCUGGUAUCAAGAUGGGGGAACUAUGCGUGGAACCCCAGCGUGGUAUUCAGGCCUGAGAACCACUUCAUUGUGGCCAGCGCCGUCUAUCGGGGGCGACAAGUCGGCGAGCAUAAUAUUCAGGAAUACGUGAGUGAUAUUGUAUCAAAAUACUUCGCAAGCGAUCAAUCUCCGUGGCAGUACAUCGUCAUCCCGUGCGUGUCUGCAGAACCGAAGUACUACAUUCUAGUCCGCGUACAUCACCUCCUACUCUCAGGGAAGAAGUCUCUGAACAUCGGAGACUUGCUCCUCAUGGAACAGAUCAACCCUUCCGACAGAAUCAUUGUAUCACCGGCAGAGUACACACAACAGAGUCCAUUAACACAACUGUCCCCCUCACCAUCAGCUAUUCCUGAGCUAUGGGGCAAAGUCAAUGAGAACCUAUCGAAUGCCUGGAAUGAGUUCGUAUCAGAAUACGACCCAGUAGAAAGUCCAAGAGCCCUAAAAACUCUACCUGGAGCAUUCCACGUGGCAGGUCUAGUUCUAAUAGCAACUGUGAGUGCAUUGAGAGAACUUAACAAGAAGUCUAAUGGCAGAGAUACGUCUUCAGAAGCUCCUGUCACUGCACUGACACUUUUAGCGGCAAUCCAAAGAGAAUGCAACAGGAGGAAUUUAACUAUACCAAAGAUAAUCAUAUCACCACUAAUAACAGCGGACCCUAGAAAAUGGCCGGGAAUGGCAAUCGGUGCAAUUUUCACAUCAAUGCGUCAGUUCUUUGUACUGCCGCUUCGCGUUCGCAACGAACUGAUUGCUUUGAACGAGUUACGAAGUUGUGGUCAUGCGAGACAACCAGACACCCUGACGUGGAAGUAUGCAGAGCUGGCGCAGCUGUGCGUGGCUGCUGUUAGCGAGGCUUGCCAAGGAGUACUCGAAGUAUAUCGUGCUCCCGCCAGACUUUGGACUGAUACGAUCGGAGCUGACGAUGGGAACCGACAUGUGCUGCAGACCGUGUCUUUGUGCGGGAGAAAGGUAACAGCAUGGUCUCGGCCUGUGCCUCGAGCGGGAGUGGAGCGCGCAGCUCGAGCGCUCGACGUGUCCUCAACUGACAUAGCGCUGUACGCCGUCACAGAAGCAUUGAGGGCUUUCUUCGACAACUCACAGUCACACGCACCUGAGUCUGUUCUCACAACCGCACGAGCAGCACAUGAGGACUUCCUCUACACCUUCGCCGAAGGACACGGAAAGAGUUAUAAGAAGUCACAAACUGGAGGUAUGGUAUGUCUGUCACUGACGCCGGGUGCGUCACCGCGUCGUGUGAGUGCUGUAGUGCGGCGCGCAUGCGAGCGACAACGCGCGCUUGCAGCUGGUUGGGCGGCGCAAGCGCGGUUUGGAGCGUUGACGCGCGCAAUACCAUCUCCACUCGCACGUCUGAUACUUAACCUAGUGUCACGACGUUAUGCGCUCUCUUACGCCGAGAUUGACGCGCCGCCACACACGCCUCCACGACAUACGCUGUGGGGACAAGAGGUCGAUGCCGUCGUGUAUUGGAGGCCUCCUCAAGCGAAUAUAAGUAUGUCGCUAACCGUGAUUCAGUACGCGGACACCGUACGUCUAGCAGUAAUGGCGGACGCACGGCUGGUGCCGUCUCACAUCAUUCCGGCCACUCGCUGGCCUACCGCUAUCGAACAGCUAGUCGCUAAGAUCGACCAGGAAAUCGCCAAGAUCACUGCUAGAGCGCACCUUGCCGCUGGAACUGUACCACGGAUUAUUACCCCAGAAGAGGUACCAAGUACUAGCGCGGAGAGUCAAGAAGAUACCGAAGAUGCAGAAGACUCUGGAGAUACUUUACGACCUCCACCGACUACGGCAGUGAGCCCACCUCCCAUGCGCCGACGUAUAGCCAACUAG